AUGGCAACUAAACAUAUAUCAUUGCUGUCCGAGGCUUUGGCUGAUAAAGGUCUUUCCUUGCUAGGCUAUCAUCUAUGCAACUAUAGUGUGACCAAAAAUGUCUUUAAAAUGGUUGCCUAUCAAAAGUCAUAUGAGAAAAACACCUUAUGUGGAGGAUGGAUUCCAUGGAUGGUUUGUCCCAAAACUUACCACAAAACUAAGUAUCGUACUAUUGAAGUCCCUGAGACUGUGAAUCUUACAGAUUGCUGUGAAGGUUAUGAGCAAGUUGGACUCUACUGUACUUUAUCCCUAAAUAGAUCCAGUGAAUUUGCCUCAAGGCCUGGUAUUUGUCCAAAGGAAGAUAUGGAAACAUCAAAUUAUUCAUGCACAUUUGACACCGACUGUCCAGGACUUAAAAAAUGCUGCAACUCAUCCAUAGGAGCAGGCUGUGUUACUCCUUUACCAGGCGAGAGGAACCUAAGAAAAUACUGGUUUAAUGCAUCAGUCCUUGUGAAAAUGGAUUUUAAUGAAUUACACAGAAUAGAUCCAAGACUUUUGAAUCAUUCACGCCUUCUGCAUGCCCUGAUGACUGGUGCACUACAGCCCUUUCAUUCCUCAGUGUACCACAUUCAGACUGCUCACACAGAAACAUACUCUGGAACAGUAAUAUCUCAUAUUCUCAUUGGAUUAUAUCAACCAGCUUCACUAAUAACAAUUUCUUCUUUGCUGAAAGCCAUUAUGAAGCGUGUGUAUGAAGUUAUCGAUGUAGAUGUACAAGAUGUAAAUGAAUGUUCCUAUGCUGAACUCAAUGCAUGUCCCCGAAAAGAGCUUUGUAUAAACAUGGAAGGUUUUUACAAUUGUACAUGUGAGCCUGAACAUAUGGACACAAACUCUAGCCAUCUGAGUGGAGGAUGUAAAGAGUCUACUACAAGAUCAACUUUGGAUCCAGUUAGUACUAGCAAUAGUUCUGUGUCUCUAGAUAAUUCAACAAUUGUUCUGCCAAAAUCUGAGAACUCUACUGAUUCAGAAUGCUAUUCUUCUGCAAUUAGAAACCACAGAAUCUUCAGUGUUACUAGUAGCAGUUUUGAAGUAUCCUGGAGUGUGAAUUCCACUCUGAAUCACACUUUCCAAGUUGAAGUUUUCAAGGACAAAGAUAUCUUCAAAAGCAUGGCCACUACAGAAACGAGAGUGGAUGUGUCUGACUUGGAAGCAGGUAUAAUGUAUUUGGUGAAGAUAAGCUAUGAAACUUGUGGAAAAACCAUCAUCUCCCAUCAAAGUGCUAAAACUAAUGCCCAGAUAUUUGGGAUUACAAUAAAGAUCCUGAACUAUAACUUCACUGAACAACUCCACAACACUAGUAGCUUGGAAUAUCAAGAAUUUUCAAGAUUGCUGCUUACUGAGAUUGGAAACUCAUUUCCACCAAAUAUUUCCACAUUGUACACAACUGGGAAGCUGAAAGUGCAAAUUGAAUCCCUGAAAGCUGGAAGUAUCUUAGUAAGGCUUAGAGUUAUCAUACAGGAUCUUGAAUUUUCAACAGAUGCAUCCAGCUUUGCUCCUGUGCUUUCUUACCUGUAUAAAGGUUCAGUAUUUUUGGUUGAUCAGCAAAGCUCCUCAGUAGGAGAUUGGGACGAAUGUGCAUUUCCUCCAGAGAAUGACUGCUCCAUGUAUGCUGAGUGUAUCAACUCAAUGGGCUCCUACAGGUGCCGAUGCAAGACAACCAUGGACACCAAUCCGUCUCACCCUGGAAGAAACUGUGAAGGUGAAAUUGUAAACCCUGUGACUGAAACAAUGCCCCCAGGUGCAUCAAGGAUUACAGAUAUACCUCCUGAAACAAGCACUGCAUUGUACACUUCUCCAGCAAAUACUGAAAUGAGAACAAUUUUUCCUCUCCGUUCCAAUACAAGUACCACAUUAAAUGUACCCCAUGGGCUGCCAUCAAGUGGCAUGCAAGCAUCAGAUAGUCAUCUUUCCACCCAAACUCCUCCAGCAGCUUGGAGAAAGGGCAUGGCCUCUUCAAUUGGUUUUGGCAGGAACAGUAGCACAAUGGGUAUGGUGAGGGAAACAACCAUGGGAACACCAACCAUGGUAACAGAGCAGUGGAAGACUGUAAACAUGCUAAUUGAAAAACCCACGAGAAAGACUAUUACUGGUGUACCACAGCACCUGGCUACUACUACAGAUGCUUUCACAGGUAUAGCUGGGCAAGAACAUCACAAUUCACCACCAUCCAUAUUGUCGACUACUGCAAGAAAUCAAACCUUCAGAGACCGACAUGCCCAUCUCCAGCUUCCUGGAGCUAGCUCUCAGGACAAUUCCAGUACAACUUUUCCCAUUACAGAAAAUGUUGGAGUUCAUAAGCUAAAUUCUACAGUUGAUAAAGAGAUAGGCAGAGAGAACAACACUUGGUCUGAGAAAUACCUGAAAGAAUCCUUCUCAGUGUCAACCACACGGCCUGACUUCUCACCUGCUUCCAACACGAUGAACUUCCUGACCACAGAUUGCGUACCUGCCCCAGCUCAAAGGAUUAUUCUCUACAAUGUGAGUAGCACCAGCUUUCAUGCAGCAUGGUCCACAGAAUCUACGCAGAAUCCUGUUUUCCGAUUUCUACUGCUUCGUGAAGAUCAGCUGAUGUGGGAAACUAAAACUCGCAGCAGACACUUGACAGUGACAGGACUGGAACUUGGGGUCUUAUACACAGUCAAAAUCGGGACAGAAGUUUGUAUGAAGGAAAGUAAAUCAGCACAUCUGAAAGUAAAGACCGCUGCUCAAAAACUUAAUGGAACGGUAAAACUAACAAGUGUGGAAUAUGUUCCAGGCUUUAGCAAUGCAAGUAGUGAAGAGUAUCAAAACUUUACACGGCUGUUUUUCAAUGAAGUAUAUAAAUCUAUGCCCCUUAACCUUAUUCAGCAAAUGGAUGAUGGUAUGAUUAAAAUGUCCAUUACCAGUAUUACUAAUGGGAGCAUCGUGGUAGGUUUCAGUUUAGUGAUAGCAGAAGAUCUGGACAUCCAGUACAUUGCCACAGCUUUCCGUGAUGCCUUUCAACACAGUUCUUAUUUCACAGCUGACAACAACAGUGUCUCCAUACAUGAUUACAAUGAAUGCAAGAGAGAAGAAGAUGACUGUUCAGCGGAGGCAUCAUGCCAUAACAUAUAUGGGUCCUACCAAUGCAGCUGUAAUGAAGGAUUUAUUGAUCUAAAUUCAGACAGGCCCGGAAGAAGCUGCAAAGCAUUUCCUCCCAGUAGUAGUCCUGCAGCUACAGAUGACAAUCCUGCAGGCAGCACAGUUUUUCCUGUGGCACGUUCACUGCCUUGGGCACAUGUAUCUUCACUUGCUGCAGAAGAUUCCUUUGCUACUAAACCCAAAGUUCUGGAACACGCUAUGUUCUCUAGCUCUGCAGUACCUCAGGCCUCCUUAGACUCUAUGUCAAAUGUCUACCAUUCUCCACCAGUCACCCCUCUCCCAUUCAUUGCCUCUGCCCAGAGGCUUUCUAUAAAAGAUGCUGUGAAGGUAUUCUGUGAAAUUGAGAAGAUUGUCAUUGCAAUUCAGAAGAAAUUUCUGCAGCAAGAAUCUAUCCCAGAAUCUUCGCUUUACCUUGGGGAACCUCAUUGCAAUGUGAGCUUCAGCAAUGACACCUCUGUUGUACUGCAGACAGGGUGGAACGAAUGUGGAGCUGAAGUACAAAGUAAUCUGACUAACACCUCAGUGAAAACAAUACUUCGGAAUGAUAUUUCCUUGCAGGGAGUUAUCCACCACUUGAAGAUUGUGAGCCCUAUUCAUUGUGUAUUUCAAAAUGACCUCUUGACUUCAUCUGGAUACACUCCAGAAUGGGUUUACACCAUUUUUGAGGAUUUACAUGGAUCUGGACGCUUUAUUACUGAAAUGCAGCUGUUCGUUGGAAACUCUCCAAUACCCAAAAAUUUCAGCAUUUCAGCCAGUGAUGACAUACUGAUUGAAGUAGGAAUUCAUAAAGAGGGAAGCAAGCUCAAGGUGGUCCUCACUGAAUGCUGGGCAACUCCAUCCAAUAAUUCAGUGGAUCCUCUGUCAUUUGCUUUUAUUAACAACAGCUGCCCAGUCCCAAAUACUUACACAUCUCUCAUUGAGAAUGGGAACUCAAGCAAAGCUCAGUUUAAACUGAAGAUCUUUUCCUUUGUCAACAAUUCUGUGGUUUAUCUCCACUGCAGAAUUCGCAUUUGUGUAGAGACUCCUGAAAGCACCUGCAGGACGACCUGCAAUGGUGAUCGAUCCCUGAAAACAGGCGAAAUUAUUGCCACGCACAGAACUUCCUGGGGACCCCUGUGCAAAGCUGCUGCAUCUGAUUCAAAGACAAGAAAGGAGCCUGGGCUAGGAGUUGGGUACAUCAUCCUUAUUGUCAUCACUGUGUUUGUUUUUGUGCUGGCAGUAGCAGCCAUUUUAAUUUUCCAAUACCAACGAAAGACUGGGAGUUACAACUUCAGAAUCAAAUCAGACAACUUUAGCUACCAAGUGUUCUAUGAUUAAAUAUUCCAAAGUUAUCGCAUCUGGAACUUGUCUCAUCACACAGACAGCAGUGGCUUCUCCCCUCUCAGCAGUUUGUUCCCAUUAGCCCUUAUGAUGGAGGCCAACGACCAGUCACAAUACUGAAUCCUCCCACAUUAUCAUGGGCUAUAAAAUGCUACUGUAUCUGGUCU